UGAGGCUGAUUUCUUUUUCAUAUAAGGGUGAGCACAGCUCUGACUCUAUUCUCUCUCUUUUUCUCUCUCUCUCGAUAGCUCCCAGGAAAAAAUGGAUUCUUGCCCUAUAACCAGUUGUUUUUAGCAAAGCCUAUUCAUCGACGAAACCAAUUUCUUGUAAACAGACAAAAGUAGAAACUCGAAAAGAUUCGUUUUAUCGUAGUUUUUUUUUUCUGUUCUCUAUCUGUUCCCACAAAAAUCCCCCAAUGGCAACCAUUUCAUGGGCUUUGAGUUAUUUCGUCUCGAUUUUAUUGUUGACUCGGCGAGUCAACUCAGAGUUACUCCAGGAGAAACAAGCUCUCCUCGCCUUCCUUCAACAGAUUCCUCACGAGAAUCGUCUUAAAUGGAACGAGUCUGACUCAGCCUGUAACUGGGUUGGAGUCGAAUGCAACUCGGACCGGUCCUCCGUCUACUCUCUUCGGUUACCAGGUACCGGUUUAGUGGGUCAGAUCCCAUCCGGAUCGUUGGGCCAACUUAGUCAGCUCCGAGUUCUGAGUCUUCGUUCUAAUCGUCUCUCCGGUCAGAUCCCUCCAGAUUUCUCAAACCUCACUCACCUCCGGAGCUUAUAUCUACAACAUAACGAAUUCUCCGGCGAGUUUCCGGCGAGUAUUACACAGCUAACCGGAUUGAUUCGUCUCGAUAUCUCAUCUAACAACUUCAGUGGACCAAUUCCUUUCUCAGUCAACAACCUAACUCACUUGACUGGUCUCUUCCUCGGGAAAAAUCGAUUCUCCGGGAAUCUUCCGAGCAUAAGCGUCGAUUUAAAUGACUUCAACGUCUCCGACAACAACUUAAACGGUUCGAUUCCUUCGUCAUUGUCUAAAUUCCCCGCCUCAUCGUUCACAGGAAACGUGAAUCUCUGUGGUGGUCCGUUAAAGCCUUGCAAAUCUUUCUUCAUCUCUCCAUCGCCGUCUCCAUCGUCGUCUGAUAUUCCCUCGCGUUUAUCCGGUAAGAAAUCAAAGCUCUCAAAGGCGGCGAUUAUCGCGAUCUCCGUCGCUUGCGGGUUGGUGGGUCUUCUCCUUUUAGCGUUUCUCUUAUUCUUCUGCUUGAGAAAACGACGAGGAAGCAAGGAGGGUCGAACGAAACAGAUGAAACCGGCGACCACAACGCGUAACAUCCCUGAUUCACUUCCUCCGGCGGGUGCUUCGUCGUCGAAGGAAGUUACUGGGACAUCCUCGGGAAUGGGAGGAGAAACAGAGAGGAACAAGCUAGUUUUCACAGAAGGAGGAGUAUAUAGUUUCGAUUUGGAGGAUUUGUUGAGAGCUUCUGCGGAAGUUUUGGGUAAAGGAAGCGUAGGGACGUCCUAUAAGGCGGUUCUAGAAGAAGGCACGACGGUGGUUGUGAAGCGGCUCAAGGAUGUGGUGGCGUCGAAGAAAGAGUUUGAAUCACAAAUGGAGAUUGUUGGUAAAAUCAAACACCCAAAUGUUGUUCCAUUGAGAGCUUAUUAUUACUCCAAAGAUGAGAAGCUUCUAGUCUUUGAUUUCAUGCCCAAUGGAAGCUUGUCUGCUCUUCUUCACGGGAGUCGUGGAUCAGGGCGGACUCCGUUAGAUUGGGAUAACCGUAUGAGAAUAGCGAUAACUGCAGCGAGAGGUUUGGCUCAUCUACAUGUUUCAGCCAAAUUGGUACACGGAAACAUCAAAGCCUCAAACAUCCUCCUACAUCCAAACCAAGACACCUGCGUCUCUGACUAUGGACUUAAUCAAUUGUUCAGCAACUCUAGUCCCCCAAACCGUUUGGCGGGUUAUCAUGCUCCUGAAGUUCUCGAGACACGGAAAGUAACGUUCAAAUCGGAUGUGUACAGUUUCGGGGUGUUGCUACUUGAACUGUUGACUGGUAAAUCGCCAAACCAGGCUUCACUUGGUGAAGAAGGCAUUGAUCUACCUCGGUGGGUACUUUCUGUGGUUAGGGAAGAAUGGACCGCUGAAGUUUUCGAUGUUGAGCUGAUGCGAUACCACAACAUAGAGGAAGAGAUGGUUCAGCUUCUUCAAAUCGCAAUGGCUUGUGUCUCUACGGUUCCUGAUCAACGACCGGUGAUGCAGGAAGUGCUGAGAAUGAUUGAGGAUGUGAACAGAAGUGAAACAACUGAUGACGGGUUAAGACAAUCGUCUGAUGACCCGUCAAAGGGAUCAGAGGGUCAGACUCCUCCAGGGGAAUCAAGGACACCGCCACGUUCCGUCACGCCUUAGCAAUUGAAAACAGCUUUCUUUUUUGUGUGUUCACUUUCCUCCUCAAAAGGAGAUAAAGAAAUGAGAUUUAGUGUGUGUGGUCUUUGUUGGGUUACGGUAAAGCAAAAAGACUGGACUAUUCUGCAUCUGGACCAAGUUCAAAAGGAUGGCAUCUCCCAUCUAUAUUUUUUUUCUUUUUUUUUAAUACAUUCGAGAUAUUUUAGUGGUUUUAUUGGUUAUUUGAAUAUUGUGUUUACGAAUUGAAAUCAAAGUUCAAUCUAAACCACGUUGCAUUUUUAAUUUA